UCUGCUGCAGCCUUCAUCUGUGAGAGGAGCGCGCAACGCAACAACUCCUGAGAGGAGGCGCACAGUCUGUCGAAGUACUACCCUGCCACUAAAAUCUGGGAAAUUGAGCAUAAGGUCCACACCGUCCUCUCUGGAUGGAGGGCACAGGCAGCAGCUGGACAGCCGAGCACAGCGCCACAUACGUGGAGCGUGGCGACGGCGGGAACGACACGGCUCCGGUGUUUGAGGUGGUGCUGCAGAACAGCUCCUCCGCGCGCAUCCCUCAGUUUGCUGGUGUGGAGCUACUUCAGUCAUUCAAGCUGCUUAUAAUACCCUGCUACACCCUUGUGGCCAUCGUUGGCAUCUUUGGCAAUUACCUCCUCCUCUAUGUGAUAUGCCGCACGCGCAAGAUGCACAACGUCAUCAACUUCUUCAUUGGAAAUCUGGCUUUCUCUGACAUGCUGAUGUGCGCCACGUGCGUCCCCUUCACUCUGGCCUACGCUUUCAACCCUCAUGGCUGGGUGUUCGGCCGGUUCAUGUGCUACCUGGUGUACCUCAUCCAGCCGGUGACGGUUUACGUGUCGGUGUUCACGCUUACUGCCAUCGGCGUGGACAGAUAUUAUGCCACCGUUCACCCGCUGAAGAAGCGAAUCUCAGUGUUGGCGUGCACCUACCUUCUGUCUGGGAUCUGGCUGCUGUCCUGUGGCCUCGUGGCUCCUGCUGUGGCUCACACCUACCACGUGGAGUUCAAGAACGAGGGCUUCACCAUCUGCGAGGAAUUCUGGAUGGGUCAGGAGAGAGAGCGGCUGGCUUACGCCUACAGCACUCUCCUCAUCAUUUACGUCCUGCCUCUGUCGGCGCUCUGCAUCUCCUACCUGUGCAUCUCGGUCAAGCUGAGGAACUGCGUCGUACCGGGCCACCACACCCAGAGCCAGGCGGAGGCUCAGCGCCUGCGCAAGCGCAAGACGUUUCGCCUUGUGAGUCUCGUGGUUGCAGCUUUUGGCAUCUGCUGGAUGCCCAUUAGCGUGUUCAACGUCCUGCGUGACAUUGACAUUGGUCUUAUUGAUAAGCACUACUUUCUGCUCAUUCAGCUGCUCUGCCAUCUGUGCGCAAUGAGCUCGUCUUGUUGUAACCCUUUCCUCUACGCAUGGCUGCACGACCGCUUUCGCGCCGAGCUUCGCAAAAUGUUCACAUGCCGCCGCCGGAUUGGCAUCUCUGCCAACAACUGCGCCACAGCAAGCGUGGUUUUGUGAAGUUCCUCUGCUUUGUGCCACAGUCAAGUAGAGUCAUCUCAUUCUGAUAACUGUCUAAGGUAGAUCUGUUCAAGUGCAGAGGAUAUCUUGCACUUGAACAGAUCUCACUUUCUUUUAAAAAAAAACAGACCCUUGUUCUACACUUUGCUUUGCACAACUAGGCGAUUUUUUUACUAGUGAGAAACAAAUGAUUGCUUCCUGUAGGCGUGGAUUGUUUGAGGUUUUAAAUUUCAUCCAGUCGCUAACAUUUGGCCAUGACGUAUCUAUGAAGCUUAUUGGAAAUUGCCUGCACUGUGAACAACUAUCCUCCACUGUGAACAGAGAAGUGCCGAGCAGAACGAGGCUGCUGUUGAUGUUAAUUCGAUAUUUGAAAACGUGACCAACAUAGACUGAACGGCUGCGUUCAUGUCCUGCGCUGAAGUUACUAAAACUACUGGCAGUCUACGAUUCUAAAACAGUGCAGAAAAUCUACAUCAUCAUUCACAACUUCUUCUGUUCGCUGAUUGGCCAGGAUGAAUUUCAACCAGAGAAAUUGAGAUCAAUGGAAGAAAGCCCAGACAGAGCACUAAAGGGAGAUUAGAAACUAACGUAUUUGCGUAGAAAGGCAAUAGCCAGGCUAGCUCCAAACUCAGUGUAGCCAUAUAAUAUAAAAAUGUAAAGUGUCCCAUUUUGUCAAGUGUUUUUUACUUACACACUGAACUGAAAAUAAAAUCUAUUAAAUGUA